AUGGGUAAAAAAGAGAAGAAACAGGAGAUCAAUGACCUCAAGCAGGAGGUCAAGAUGGACGAGCACACCAUUCCGAUGGAGGAGCUCGUCGCCCGACUCGGAACCAAUCUCGAAACGGUUAGUUCAGGCGGAUCAGGUGGCCUUAAAAUAGAAGAGGAUUGUCUUGCGCGUCAAUCAAAUCGUUUCCGCUGUCGCCCCCUCUUUCUGUUGUAGAAUCACGCAAUAUUGUUUAUAAUUUUCGGUUUUCACUUUCGAAAUUGACGCGGGUUGCGACGAAUAUCAAUACUAGAAACAGAAAUGAAAUCGAACAUUUCAGGGAUUGACCCGCGGAAAGGCGCUCGAGAUUCUGCAAAAGAACGGACCAAAUGCUCUGACUCCCCCUGAAACUACGCCAGAAUGGAUCAAGUUCUGCAAGAACUUGUUCGGAGGUUUCGCCAUGCUUUUGUGGGUCGGAGCCAUUCUCUGUUACAUCGCCUAUUCUGUUGAUUACUUCACCAUGGAGUACCCGUCGAAAGAUAACCUUUACCUCGGAAUUGUGUUGAUGACUGUCGUCGUCAUCACCGGAGUCUUCCAAUAUUAUCAGGAAAGCAAGUCGUCGAAGAUUAUGGAUUCUUUCAAGAACAUGGUUCCCACCUUCGCUCUCGUUCACCGUGACGGUCAGAAGCAGCAAGUCCGCACCGAAGAUCUUGUGGUCGGAGACAUCGUCGAAGUGAAGGGAGGAGAUCGUGUGCCAGCUGAUAUCCGUGUCAUUUCUGCUUUUGGGUUCAAGGUCGACAACUCUUCGCUCACCGGAGAGUCGGAGCCACAAUCCCGUUCGCCGGAUUGCACCAACGAGAACCCGUUGGAGACCCGUAACAUCGCCUUCUUCUCCACCAACGCCGUCGAAGGAACCGCCAAGGGAAUCGUCAUCUAUACCGGAGACAACACCGUCAUGGGAAGAAUCGCUCACUUGGCCUCUGGUCUUGACACUGGAAUGACCCCGAUCGCUCGUGAAAUCGAGCACUUCAUCCAUCUCAUCACGGGAGUCGCCGUCUUCCUCGGAAUCUCGUUCUUCAUCAUCGCCUUCAUCCUCGGAUACCACUGGCUUACCGCCGUCGUCUUCCUCAUUGGUAUCAUCGUCGCUAACGUGCCAGAAGGACUCAUCGCUACUGUCACCGUGUGCUUGACCCUUACCGCCAAGAGAAUGGCUAGCAAGAACUGUCUCGUCAAGAAUUUGGAGGCCGUCGAAACUCUCGGAUCGACAUCUACCAUCUGCUCUGAUAAGACCGGAACCCUCACUCAAAACAGAAUGACUGUCGCUCACAUGUGGUACGAUCAGAUCAUUCACGAGUGCGACACCACCGAGACUCAGACCAGUCAGGAGAAGAGAUCUGGAGCUUCUUUCGAAGUAAGCGCUUGAAAAAAGAUUUUCACACAUUUCUUAUUUAUUUUUCAGGCCCUCGUCCGCAUUGCUUCCCUCUGUAAUCGUGCCGAAUUCAAGGUCGGACAACAAGACACUCCGAUUCUUCGCCGUGAUUGUACUGGAGAUGCUUCUGAAAUUGCUCUUCUCAAGUUCACUGAGUUGACGCAAGGAAACGUGAUCGCCUUCCGCGAGAGGCACCCGAAGAUUGCCGAGAUUCCGUUCAACUCUACCAACAAGUACCAAGUAUCGAUCCACGACAAUGGAGAUGAAUAUUUGCUUGUAAUGAAGGGAGCUCCGGAGAGAAUCCUCGACGUCUGCUCCACCAUCUUCUUGAAUGGAAAGGAAUCCGAACUGACCGACAAACUCCGUGAGGACUUCAACACCGCCUACCUUGAGCUCGGAGGAAUGGGAGAACGUGUUCUCGGAUUCUGUGACUUUGCUCUGCCAGCUGAUAAGUUCCCUAAGGGCUUCAAGUUUGAUGUCGAAGAAGUCAACUUCCCGCUCAAGAACCUGAGAUUCGUCGGACUCAUGUCAAUGAUUGAUCCGCCACGUGCCGCUGUCCCAGACGCCGUCGCCAAGUGCCGUUCUGCUGGUAUCAAGGUCGUCAUGGUCACUGGAGAUCACCCGAUCACCGCCAAGGCUAUCGCCAAGUCCGUCGGAAUCAUCUCUGAAGGAACUGAGACCGUUGAGGAUAUCGCCAUUCGUCGUGGAAUUCCAGUCGAACAAGUCAACCCACGUGAGGCUAAGGCCGCCGUCAUUCACGGUUCGGAUCUUCGUGAAAUGUCCGAGGAUCAGCUUGCCGAGAUCAUCAAGUACCACUCUGAGAUUGUCUUCGCCCGUACGUCGCCGCAACAGAAGCUGAUGAUCGUCGAAGGAUUCCAAAAGCAAGGACAGAUUGUGGCUGUCACCGGAGACGGAGUCAACGAUUCGCCAGCUUUGAAGAAGGCUGAUAUCGGAGUUGCUAUGGGUAUUGCUGGAUCUGACGUGUCCAAGCAGGCUGCCGACAUGAUUCUUCUUGACGACAACUUCGCUUCGAUCGUCGUCGGAGUUGAAGAGGGACGUCUCAUUUUCGAUAACCUCAAGAAGUCCAUCGCUUACACCCUGACCUCCAACAUCCCUGAGAUCUCUCCAUUCCUGACUUACAUUCUCUUCGGAAUCCCACUUCCACUCGGAACGGUCACCAUUCUCUGUAUCGAUCUCGGAACGGACAUGGUUCCAGCUAUCUCCCUUGCCUACGAAGAGGCCGAAUCUGACAUCAUGAAGCGUCAGCCACGUGACCCGGUCCGUGACAAGCUUGUCAACGAACGUCUCAUCUCGCUGGCCUAUGGUCAAAUCGGUAUGAUCCAAGCGUCCGCCGGAUUCUUCACCUACUUCUGGAUUAUGGCUGACAACGGAUUCAUGCCAUGGGAUCUCUACCAGCUUCGUGCUCAAUGGGACUCUCGCGCCUACAACAACGUUCUCGACUCGUACGGACAAGAAUGGGUAAGCAACGCAAUCCACACUCCUAGUGUAUUAUCCUAUUCUGACGUUUUCAGACCUACGCCAACCGCAAGAUCCUCGAGUACACCUGCCAGACUGCUUACUUCGUCUCGAUCGUCGUCGUCCAGUGGGCUGAUCUGAUUAUCUCCAAGACCCGCCGUAACUCGCUCGUCCAGCAAGGAAUGUCCAACUGGACCCUCAACUUCGGACUUGUCUUCGAAACCGCUCUCGCCUGGUUCAUGUGCUACUGCCCAGGACUUGACAACGGUCUCCGCAUGUACGGACUCAGGUAAGAACCCAUUCGAAUGUUUCAUAAGGAUCGAAAUAACUUACUUUCUUAACAGAUUCUCGUGGUGGUUCUGCGCCCUUCCGUUCUCGAUCCUCAUCUUUGUCUACGAUGAAGUCCGUCGUUUCCUCAUCAGAAGAUACCCAGGAGGAUGGGUCGAACGCGAGACCUACUAUUAA